AUGGAAAACGCUCAUACCAAAUGUCUUGAAGAGCAUUUCACGUCAUCCCCCGAUUGCCUUCGGCCACUCCUUGUGUCCCUGAACGGACAUAACUCGUGGCUAUUGUCUUUCCCACGACCAUGGGCUGACCAGAAGCAAUCGGGGAGGGCCUACUUUCAUACCGUCCUAGAGCCAUGGCUGGUAGGAUCAGCGGACCUCGUCGGCUCUUGGUUCAUCCACAUUGACCUGCCGUCGACUCCGGCAUUUCCAACUGCCGAGGCAGUGGAGGCAGUUGCCCGUCAAAUUGAAGACUUGGCUUCGGAGUAUGUCUUAAACAGACGCAUGUCAAAUGAAGUCUUCAACCCCGCUAGCCACAUCGACGCUAUCCUGUUGACUUUUCACUAUUACGACCACGUGCACGAGGCUUCACUCCGGGAGUUCAGCAGCAAUGUACCAGUCAUUGCAACUCCGCAAGCCGCCCGUAUCAUCAAGCCUUGGAAUCACUUUAGCACCAUCGAUAUUAUCCAUGAUUUCGAAGAAGGAGCCACCUCGUGGUGCACCUCAGGCUUGCACCCAGGGCCACGUCUUCCUUCGUGGCUCACUGUGCUCCGCCUCCCAGGGCACCGCGAGAUGAACUUUUGCACAGCCAUUGUCUGGACGCACAUGCAAGACGAUGGAACUGAGGUCCAUGAAUCUAUAUUGACCUCACCCCACGGCACACUGCUAGAUCGAGGACCAGUCCAGGCCUUCCUGGACGCGGAACCCAAGACUCGCAAGCUUGCCAUGCUCCACGGCAUGAAGGAAACGUAUAUCGGUGGCAAAAAGACCAGUUUCGGUGCAAAAAGUGGCUUGGAAUUGUACCGAAAGCUCGGAGGAGUCAAGUAUUGGGUUCUCUCUCAUGACUCACUGUUGAAUUACUCUGGUGUAUUUAUGCGAUUGUCGCGCACGGCAGAUAUCCCACGGACAUUAGCCUGGGCUCUAGACCAGGAGAUUUCCGAGAAGCCUGUCCGGCCUGAUGUGUACAGGGUGCAAAAUGGAAGGUGUCUGGUGUUGGAAUAG